AUGGUGGAUGUAAAUUCACCCUUACUCAGCGAAAUCGAGGAAGAAAUCACCCAAGACCACCAAAACGACACCGUAAGGCACGUCCGUACAAAGGUACCGGAGGUUGAGAUCCAUUUAUUCCGGCAGGGGAAAGGACCGGUUGUUGUGUUCAAAUCGGCGUUGGGAGGUUGGGAACAGGAUCAGAUUGAGAUUGGGGAUAUUCUCGAAAAACAUGGAUUCAAGUGUUUAUUUGCGUUUAAUCAUCAAACUCGUGUUCGUGGUGUUCCUGUUCGGUUUAACCCUAGGAAUGGAAGGUCGAUUUUGACUUAUAGAGAUGGUGCUGUUGUUUACCUUGAUGGAGAACCUAAGGACUCACUACUUAAACCAAUUACCAGGAUCUUGGUCGGGGUAGCACUAAUAACCCUCAUGAUAGUAAUAGUUUCUAGGGAUACUCCUGAAUGGAUGAAGAAAUUAAACUUUUCUUCUGGGAACUUUUCUCCUUGGAUCUUGGCUUGUGUAGUUAUUGUCUUCACCCGUAUGAGAAAGAGAACCAAAGAUUUUCUAACAAAGCGCGGUUGGUGA